UGACAACCACAGUGCUUCUCGAUUCUUCCGCUUCAAUAUCUUCGUGGUGAAGUUCAUUGCAUCUGUGUAGAUUAGUAUAUAUGUAUACAGAGGACGGCAGGUUCAGCCGAAGUAAAUAUUAAUAUGUCUGAUUGUGAAGUUGAUUUCAUGUGUGAAGAAGAGGAGGACUAUGGCUUGGAAUACUCCGAAGACAGCAACUCUGAGCCAGAUGUCGAUCUUGAGAAUCAAUACUACAAUUCGAAAGCAUUGAAAGAAGAUGAUCCAAAAGCAGCCCUUGCUUCGUUUCAGAAAGUACUUGAUCUUGAAGGCGGAGAAAAAGGAGAGUGGGGGUUUAAGGCCCUUAAACAGAUGAUUAAGAUAAACUUCAAAUUGGGAAACUACAAGGAAAUGAUGGCACGAUACAAACAACUUCUAACGUACAUAAAGAGUGCAGUCACUAGGAAUCAUAGUGAGAAGUCAAUCAAUUCUAUUUUGGAUUAUAUUUCCACAUCCAAAAACAUGGAAUUGCUACAAGACUUCUAUGAGACAACUUUGGAUGCCCUGAAAGAUGCCAAGAAUGACAGGCUCUGGUUCAAGACAAACACAAAGCUGGGAAAACUCUACUUCGAUCGUUCAGACUUCAACAAACUUGCCAAAAUACUAAAGCAGCUGCAUCAAUCUUGUCAGACAGAUGAAGGUGAGGAUGACUUGAAGAAGGGUACACAGCUCUUGGAAAUUUAUGCACUGGAAAUUCAAAUGUACACUGCCCAGAAGAAUAACAAAAAACUAAAGACGUUGUAUGAACAGUCAUUGCACAUAAAAUCUGCCAUUCCCCAUCCACUGAUCAUGGGUGUCAUAAGAGAAUGUGGGGGUAAAAUGCAUCUGAGAGAAGGAGAGUUUGAGAAAGCACACACAGACUUCUUUGAAGCUUUCAAGAAUUAUGAUGAAUCGGGCAGUCCACGUCGUACUACAUGUCUAAAGUACUUAGUGCUAGCAAACAUGCUUAUGAAAUCUGGAAUCAAUCCUUUUGACUCCCAAGAGGCAAAGCCAUAUAAAAAUGACCCAGAAAUAUUAGCAAUGACCAAUUUAGUUUCUGCAUACCAAAAUAAUGAUAUCAAUGAGUUUGAGACCAUCCUCAAACAGAAUAGACGGAACAUAAUGGAUGAUCCAUUUAUCCGAGAGCACAUUGAAGAUCUGUUGCGGAAUAUAAGAACACAAGUACUUAUUAAGCUCAUCACACCAUACACACGAAUUCACAUCCCUUUUAUCUCUAAAGAGCUGAAUAUUGAUGCAAGUGAAGUUGAGAGCCUACUGGUGUCCUGCAUUCUGGACAGCACCAUCCGUGGUCGCAUAGACCAGGUAAACCAGGUUUUGGAGCUGGACAAGCAGUCACUCUGUGCUACGAGGUACUAUGCACUGGACAAGUGGACGUCACAGCUUGCAACCCUACAUGUGGCAGUUGUCAACAAAAUGGCGUAGGAACUACACAGUUUCUCCUUCCCUCCAUCCAGAUGUUUCCUCUGUGUGAAACUCGCAUAUGGAGUCUUCAUAUCUUCAGCAGUGUCAUUUCACAUAGUAAUGAUACUCUUCAUUUCAUCCAUUGUUUCUACAGCACUGCUACAGGGCAUUUACUUUCCUCCAGAAUGUGAAGAAAGAUUUUCUGUGAUUUUUAAAAUGUGAAAUACUAGUAAAAUGACAAUUGGUGUUAAGUGAAGCAACAUUAAAUUAUAAUAUGUACUCUUGCUGUGUGCAUCUGUUGCUGUGAGGGAUGACAGAAGCUAAAAACGUGAAUUUUGCAGCUGUCACAAACAGUGUGCUUUCUUCCAAAGGAGUAAAAGAAAAUUAUUUGUCCUUAACAUGUGUUGUUACAUUAUGAAUGACCUUUCAGUGUUUGAAGGACUCUUUGGUUAACUUUUAUCAGCUAAUGUUAUUUAUAUCCCUGUGUGCAAAAAUGCUGGUAUGUUUGAGUGUACCAAGCAUAGUUAACAGGAAUUUUGUUGAAUGUCUACAAAAUUAAAUGUGUUUGAAAAGUAA